UCUACAGCAGCAGACCAAAACCAACGACCCGAGGACCUGAGGAGAACCUGAGGAGAACUCGGAGGUCCAACUGGGUCUACUGCCAUCCUCUGGGAUCCAACACCUGGUCUGAGGAACCCUGAGAGGACGCAGCAGCAGGUGGCAGUUUCCCAUCAUGCCAUCUUCCUCCAACACCAGUGUCGCGGGAGUCGAGGGGGCGGAGCAAUGCAUCAUCAACGACCAGAUGGGCCCCUUCAUUGUCCUCUACAUCCUCGUCUUCAUCACCGGUCUGCCUGGAAGCCUGCUGUCGCUGUGGGCCUUCAUCAGCAGCCCCACGGAGAAGCAGCAGAGCAGCAGAAUCUACCUGGUGAACUUGUUGGCUGCCGACCUGCUGCUGCUGCUUGCUCUGCCCUUUAAGAUCCAGAUGGACAUCGGGGCGGCGCCGUGGAACCUCAUGGUGUUCCACUGCCAGGCCAGCGCCGUCACCAUCUACAUCAGCCUGUACGCCUCCAUCGCCUUCCUCGCCUUCAUCAUCACCGACCGCUACAUGCAGGACUGUCCGUCUCUGCGAUCUCUGCGGCUACAUGAAGUCGGCUUCGCCCGCCUGCUGUCGGUGGUCGUCUGGCUGCUGCUGCUGCUCAUCAUGGUGCCCAACAUGGCUCUGCCCACCAAGCAUGUCCAGGUGCAGCAGCAUCUCAAGUGUUCAUCCCUGAAAACGGACCUCGGCCUCCACUGGCACGCCCUGACCGUCUUCCUCUGCACUGCGUUGUUCCUGAACGCCUCGGCCGCCGUCCUCGUCUCCAGCGGUCUCGCUCUCAAACGUCUCCUGCGAAGCCGCAGUGACCCGAAGUUGUGGUCGGACGCCCGGCGGGCGGCGGCGAGCGUGACGGCGGUGGCGGCGGCCUACGUCCUGAGCUUCGUGCCGUACCACGUGGUUCGGACUCCGUACACUCUGGCCCAGACUAAAGUGAUCAACGACUGCAGCACUGAGAGGCGGCUGUUCCUGGGGAAGGAGGCCACGCUGCUACUGAGCGUGCUCCACGUCUGCUUCGACCCCAUGCUCUUCUUCUGCCUCUGCUCGCCGUUCAGACAGAGAGUGAGGAAGAUGAUGUCCUUCUGCCGACGACUGACAGACCGCCAUGAAGAGAAGGAAACCGUCCAGCCGACGACCUCGGCCCCGCAGGAAUCUGCCGUCUGACCACAGAACUACAACGCUCCUCAGAAGUUUAGCCGAGCUUUGCACAAACACUGGAAGCAAAUGGAAAAAGUGAGCAUAGAAACACUCUACAGCAACUACAAACACAGACAACUGUUGUGAUUACAGACUUACUCCUCCUCACAGGUUCUAACUGAAAAAGUUAAACAUUCUUUUAUGUAACAUAAUGCAAUAUAAUAAAAACAUCUGGGCUGAACUGCAGGCAGUGUUUCACAGAGCAGGUGACUGGAAACAUUAAGAACACAAACAGAUAUCUGUA